AUGUCUUCCAAUAUCAGGGCAGAGAAGAAGCAAUCUUCGUCCUCGUCUCCGGUUACGUCACUUCCGGAGGAAGUCGUGGUUGACAUAUUGGCGCGUGUACCGAGACGUGACUAUCCAAGAGUCUCCCUCGUUUCAAAGUACUUCCGUUCGCUCGUUUCUUCGUCUGAGAUAUACGCAAGACGAUCUUCGCUGGGCUGCACCGAGCAUUUCCUCUAUGUUUUUCUCUUUGACUGGGACGACCGUGUGAACCGUUUGUAUACGUUCCGCUGGAAAGGCAACGGCAAUAGCAGCCGCUUGGUCUUAAUCCCAGGGCUUCCUGAUAUGCCUCGUGAUGGAAGCUUUGUAGCCGUGGGAUCAAGGAUAUAUGUGCUUAGUGGGAGGAUGACAUCGAGUGCUUUCUUCAUCGACUGUGCAUCAUCCCACACUGUGCAACAUCUCCCGAGGAUGCCUUUCCCCAUGUCUGAUAUAGUCGCUGACGUCAUCGGCGGGAGAAUCUACGUCUUUGGAUAUCACGGUACCGAUCAAAAGUACUCACAUGCGAUGUUGGUGUUCAAUACAGAAACACAAAUGUGGGAGGAUGGGAUGACAAAGCCAGGUGACGUGUAUGCGUAUAGAAGCUUGGUAGUGAUGGCUGGUAAGAUGUACAUGACGGAGUUUCAGAAUAGCUAUGUUUACGACCCAAAGGAAAGCAAAUGGGAAACGGACGAGAAGCUCAGUUCGAAGUUCUGGGAUCAUAAGGCUUGUGUUGUUGAUGAUGUUUUGUACUUUUACGAUUGGUCUGACAAGGAAUUGAGAGGGUAUGAUCUAGAGCACAAGUGUUGGGGAGUGGUGAACGGUUUGGAUGAUUUUUUGGCUGAGAUGAGACGCGUUGGUUGUUAUUUGACGAGGACUGGGAGUUACGCUGGCAAACUGGUUUUGUUUUCCCAUAGAUAUGAAAUCAAUGGGGAGAUUUGUUGUGCGGAGAUUUUGCUGGAAAGACGCAAUGGGGGUCAGAUUUGGGGUAAAGUUGAUCAGUGGUGUGAUCAUGGUCUGAUUGCUGGUGAUUUUAGCAUUACGAAAUCUCUAGAUGUUGUGCUUUGA